ACAAUAUUAAUGCCAGAACGAAGAAAGCGUUGCCGAUUACUUAUCGUACCGCUUUAUUGUUGUCACGCUUUUAGAGAAUGACAUCGCGCAACCGUGCACCUUGUGGUCAUGAUUUCACGUAUUGUCGAUAAAAUGACGAACAAAUCUGAUCAUCACAAUUUAAACACUUCGCUUAUUGUCUUGCUGAAUGGAUGGAUAGCCAUCAAAAAAUUAACAAAUCCCACGGAACUCGUUUUGGCGGAGCUCAUCUUACAAAGAGCGAUCGAUGAAAGCCGGCAACCGUCGCGCCGGUCGUGGCUGGAUACUGCAGUCACCAAAGGGGGAGGCAAUGGAGUUCAUAGUAGCAUUUCGUGCCACCCAAUGUAGCAGUCUCGUGGUCCGAUAAGGUUUUGACUGAAUCGGCAGCGAAGGAUGAGUGAGUGACAAUGAACCCUUUCCCAGCAGCCGACGACGAGACGGUGUCCAUCGCCCCCGCAGCACAUCACCAACGAGCCAACAUCUGCAGCACGCGCCUGCCUUACCGCGACGGACACCGAAGCACAGCCGUCAAAGUGUUCAGCGUGUGCGAUGAGUCUGUCUACCUGCUGAUCCACCACGUACCCGCGCUGCAGCUGCAGGAGGAGUUGCGGGCGCUGUGUCUCCAGUACGGCCAACUCCUCCAGCAUCGCGUCCUGACUGAUUAUCCGCACCAGCAGUUCAUGGAAGUCCAUUUGGUUCAGUUUGCCAGUUUUUCUAGCGCCAGAUUGGCCAAGCGGAAGCUAGAUGACUACAAUUUCCAUGGCUCGAUCUUGCACGUUCACUACGCGCCGGAACUGGAGAGUCCGGAGGAGACGGUCACCAAACUGGAGGCGCGCCGGAAGGAAGUGGCCUACCGACUGUGGCGCAAUCAGAAGGAUCUGCGGGAAAUGACCAACCGGAAGAAGCGCAAAUGGGACGCUUUUCAGGCCGAAACCGAGUCUCCCGGUGAGGCCAGUGCACCGGCUUCGAAACCGCAGUACGGACCCCGACUUAAUCCCUUCUGAUAGUCUGAUUGCAGUUGUAUGCUUACUGGCCCGCUAGUCGCAGAAGUAUUUCCUGUAAUGAGCACUGGUCUUUGGAAAUUUGCAACUUUGAGUCGUUAAUGCCGGUUUGCCGUGUUAAACAUUUUUCGUUUUUCUACCGGCUGCACGUUCCUUUGCUUCGUCAUGCCGUGAUGCGAUGGUUAAAGCCAAAAUCGCUGGCUGAGGAAAAUUUGCAAGUCCAAUUCUGUGUUCACGG